GAGUGGAAUCCCUGUGAACUGGCCUCCGCCGCCCCCGCCUGGGAGCAGUGGUACUACAUCCUGGUGGAGCGCUACCUCAGUAACGCCGAUGUCUACUUCCGCAUUGGAGUCCAAAUCACAGACUGCUCUAAACCAAACUUGUCAAAGGAACAAGCCCAGCCCAGCUCCUCCAUGAACAUGCCCCAGUCUUUUGGAACGCCCAUGGGCUUCUCCCUGUCUGAAACUAUGUCUCUGGCUACUGUCCCAAGUCUGUCUCAAAACUCCAGCCUCCAGCCCCCCUCGGAAAACAAUGGUUUACCUAGCCCCAACCUCGGACCCUAACAAGUGCUGGCCCAUCCGUCCUACCCUAAGGAAUGAGCUGGACACCUUCUCUGUGCAUUUCUAUGUGUUUUUUGGACCAAAUAUCUCUGUCCCACCUGAUAGAGCUGCAGUGUUUGCCAUCAACCUCAUGCCAGUUUUAGACAGCGGAGGAGUCCUCAACAUGGAGCUCAAACUUAACAUGUCAACGCUGAAGGGUGCCAAUGUCACUGUGUUUGGCUGUCUCAACCAUGGCAUGCCUCUGUUUCUGAGGGAAAAUGGUACACUCAAAUGUGAAUCAGAGUCUGUUGCUGGAUUCUUUCUGUCUGUCAAUGCAUCCUCCAAUAUCACCAAACUGAGGAUCCCCUACCCCCAAACAGGCACCUGGUACCUCAGCCUGCGCUCGCUCUGUGCCACUGAACAUGGGUUUGAGCCUUGUACCAAUGUCACCGCUGAGGUGUACAUGAGAUCCUACCUGACUCCCUGCAUCAACGACUGUGGCACCUACGGCCAGUGCAAGCUCCUACGCACCAACAACUACCUGUAUGCAGCCUGUGAAUGCAAAGCAGGCUGGGAUGGCUGGGGCUGCACUGACAACACAGAGGCCUACUCCUAUAGUUUCCAGCUCCUGUCCACUCUGCUGCUGUGUCUCUCCAAUCUGAUGUUUGUGCCGCCUGUGGCCAUCGCCAUCCGCAGCCACUACCUCCUGGAGGCCUCCGUCUACAUCUUCACCAUGUUCUUCUCCACUUUCUACCAUGCGUGUGACCAGCCUGGGAUCGUGGUCUUCUGUAUAAUGGAGUAUGAUGUGCUUCAGUUCUGUGACUUCCUGGGCUCCCUCAUGUCCGUGUGGGUCACGGUCAUCGCCAUGGCGAGGCUCAAGUCCAUCAUCAAACAGGUGCUGUAUCUGCUGGGGGCCAUGUCUCUGUCCAUGGCGCUGCAGUUGGACCGACACGGGCUCUGGAACCUGCUGGGACCCAGUCUGUUUGCUCUGGGCAUCAUGGCGGUAGCAUGGACGGUGCGCACCAUCCGGAGGCGCCGUUGCUACCCGCCCACCUGGAAGCGCUGGGUUUUCUUCCUGUUCCCGGGCACCAUGAUCGCCACCUCUGCAGUGGCUCUGUAUGCCUUUGUAGAGACAGAGGAGAACUACUUCUACAUCCACAGUAUUUGGCACAUGCUGAUUGCAGGCAGCGUGGGCUUUCUACUGCCACCUCGUGCCAAACCCGAUGCCAAGGUAACGCCCCUAAAACGGCGGCGUGGCUGUGGGUACCAGCUGUGUGUGAACGAGCACGAAGAGCUGGGCCUGGUGGACCCCAGCCUCAUCUCCAUCAACAGCAUCUGCACCAGCUGAUAGGCCAGGCCACUACCACUGACUCUCCAUUGCCUUUUACUGGGAAAUCCACUCUACUGGGAAAUAAGCCACAGAACUCCUACAGCAGUGUAAAUAUUUAAAUGCCAAUACUACAAAACACUGGAUUUGUUUUACUGUACUUAUUGUUUUGAUAAUGAUUAAACCCAGUGGUACUUUACAGCCCAAUGCCCAAAAUAAAGGUAUCAACAGAUUUUUUAAAUUGAAAUUUUCAUGAAAGAUGAAAAAUUACAUAACAUAUCUACAGGCAUCUAAAUAAAAUAUAUUUUCAUUAUUGUGAUUUUAACUUUAAAUGCUCUGGUGUGAAUGAACCAGUCCUAAGAUCUCACCUGUACUUAAUCUUAUUUGAUUUGAGAAGCUGAGCAGGGUUGGACCUGGUUAAUACUUGGAUGGGAGAUUGUGUGAAAUACUAAACUGUCAUUGUGUAAUUUGGCAAGACACUUCACCUAACUUGUCUGGUAUGAAUGUGGUGUGUGAGUGAUCCAUGGUGGUCGGAGGGGCCGUUGACACAAAUUGGCAGCCUUGCUUCUGUCAGUCUACCCCAGGGCAGCUCUGGCUACAGAAGUAGCUUACCGCCAUCCAUUAUGAAAUGAAUGAAUAAUGCAAUGAAAUGCUUUGGGUGUCUUCAAAGGCACUAUAUAAAACCAAUGCAUUAUA